UUAUUCUUCGUUGGCUUAUUGGGAGAACGAGAAGGAAGUCGAGGGAUUUUUCGAAGCUUCAAUUGAGACAGAACGCGAUCGGAAGGCAAGUCUGCGUUCAUUUUCUCUACAAACUUCUGACGGAGAGCAUAAUCUUUGUCGACGUAGAAGAGGAUAAAUUAUGGGCGUUCUGUAAUGUCCGUGCAAACGGUGCUAGGAGGAAAGAUAAUGUCGAAGCUUUUGAAGAAAAUUGCCGGCUUCUUCACCGACAGAACUCUGAUGGGAGUUGACAAAGCGGGAAACAGAUACUUCUUUGUAAAAGAAGAAAUUGAUGGCAUAAUGAAAGAGAAGAGAUGGGUGGUUUUUAAGGGUGAGGAUGAUCCAACUUCAAUUCCAGUGGAAUGGAUAUGUUGGUUAAAUGGGCAGCGUAAAAAGGCUCCAACUCCCGAGGAAAUGAUGGAGUUAGAAGCUAGGCGUGAACAUGUACGACAAAAUGUUGCCUUACUCAAGAAAGAAGAGAUGGAAAGAAAAUCUAAAGAAAGCAAUCUACGGAAAGUCGUUAGCACUGUUGCAGGUCCUAACUUGAAAAGCUUUAUUCGACAAUUUCCAACUGGUUCAGAAGGUGCUCAAGACAACGAAGGAUCGGCUGCAAAGGAUAGCCUGAGGAACUCAAAAGAAAAUGAGGCAGCUAAAGAGCAACCAAUUCCAGAGUCCUCCGAGCCCAUGGGAUCUGGUCAAACAUUCAGACCAGGAACGUGGCAGCCUCCAACAUGAGUGCUGGUGCUCUUCAACUUCAAGAGAAGAACUCUCCAACCCUUGAACUAGCAGUACAAGACUUCUGUAUCAGCAAUUUUGUAUGCUUCCGUUUACUCAACAUUCAACUUUUUCCGAGGGACGCCCUUGUAUUUGACUCUUACACAUCCUGCCCUCCAUUGUUCUAAACACAAGGUUGUGCGUCGCCUUGGUUUCAAAUGCUCAUAUAGUAUUUGGUGAAAGCAAGGAUAACUAUAGUUUUUUAAAUGAAUAUCCCUAAAGAAUACGUGUCACUAUGGGAUAAAUAUCUCAAUAUUGAUUUAACCCAUUUGAAUCUCA